AUGCUUGCAAUGCCAUGGACCACAUGGCCCCUGGUGCUGAUGUUGGUGGUGCCGCUGCACCUGGUCAACGCAGAUGUUAGCCACCUGUCCAGUAACUAUUUGCCCCCCGAUCCCAAGCCGUCAGCCGCGAAGAUUUUGGCUGACGAGCCAGCGCCUGCAGAGCCCGUCAAGGCCGCUGAUGGUGCCUUCUAUCCCUCUGGAGGUCUGAUGCUGCCCUCGGGCUACUCCAUACCAACCGGCAGCAAUGUGCCACCACCGCCCAUGACGCCGCCCAACUUUCCACUGCCCAUUUAUCCGCCGUUCUUUGGAUUUGGUGGCGGUGGCGGCGGGGAUGCAUUUGGAACGGGAGCGGGUCAAGUGCCGCCAGGAUAUGAAGCGCAGUUUAAUAAUGUAGCACAAGGACCACAAUUCCCACAGGCUGGACCCUUCCCAAUUGGCCCUCAACCUGGACAGUUUCCAGUUGGACCACAGGGUGCUCCAUUUUCAGCAGGACAACAAGGCCUUCAGUUUAUGGCAGGUCCACAAGGCGGCGGCUUUCCAGUUGGCCCACAGGGCGGCGGCUUUCCAGUUGGCCCACAAGGUGGCGGCUUUCCAGUUGGCCCACAAGGCGGCGGCUUUCCAGUUGGCCCACAAGGCGGCGGCUUUCCAGUUGGCCCACAAGGCGGCGGCUUUCCAGUUGGCCCACAGGGCGGCGGCUUUCCAGUUGGCCCACAGGGCGGCGGCUUUCCAGUUGGUUCACAGGGUGGCGGACUUCCAAUUCCCGACUAUCUGACCAUGCAAGGAUUGCCUGCAUCUGCCAUGCAGCUGGCCUUCCAGCAAAAUGUCGGCUUUGGUCCGCAGCCUGGAUUCGCCGGACCGCAGCCCACAUAUCCCUUCCAGCAGCUGGUCAACGUGGGCCAGCCAUUCUCGCCCAGCUUCGGCAUACCCGGACAAAACUAUCAGCCCCAGCCGCAACCAUUUGCCGAUGAGCCGCAGCCAGAGAGCAAUGUGAAACCAAAGAGCACAGCUGCCAAAGCACUGGCCAAGUCCCACAACAUGGAGACCGUCUAUGCCCCCAACGGCGGCUACAUCUACAAGCGGGCCAAAUGA